GCCGCCCCCGGUGCCCGCCGAGCGCGGCCGGCGCGCGCUGCGCAGCCUGGCUGGUCCCGGGGGCGGCCCCGGCGCCCGGGCUGGAGGCGGCGGCUGCGCCCGCUGCGCUUGCCCACGAGGUGCACAGUCUGUCCGAGUACUUCAGCCUGCUGACCCGCGCGCGCAGAGACGCAGGCCCACCGCCCGGGGGCGCCACCCGCCCCGCCGACGGCCACCCGCAGCCCCGGGCUGAGUCGCUGGCGCCCCACGACGUCUUCAUCGCGGUCAAAACCACCAGAAAGUUUCACCGCGCGCGCCUCGACCUGCUGCUGGAGACCUGGAUCUCCCGCCACAAGGAGAUGAGCCCUGGAUGGUGUGCAUUGAUCCUACAGCAGCUGCCAUCGCUUGAGACAUUCAUUUUCACCGACGGGGACGAUGAAGCCCUGGCCAGGCGCACGGGCAACGUGGUCAACACCAACUGCUCGGCCGCGCACAGCCGCCAGGCGCUGUCCUGCAAGAUGGCCGUGGAGUAUGACCACUUCAUCGAAUCCGGGAGGAAGUGGUUCUGCCACGUGGACGAUGACAACUACGUGAACGUCAGGGCUUUGCUGCGGCUGCUGUCCAGCUACCCGCACACGCAGGACGUGUACAUCGGCAAGCCCAGCCUGGACAGGCCCAUCCAGGCCACGGAGAGGGUCAGCGAGAACAAGAUGCGCCCUGUCCACUUCUGGUUUGCCACCGGCGGGGCCGGCUUCUGCAUCAGCCGUGGGCUGGCCCUGAAGAUGAGCCCGUGGGCCAGCGGGGGCCACUUCAUGAGCACAGCUGAGCGCAUCCGGCUGCCGGACGACUGCACCAUCGGGUACAUCGUGGAGGCCCUGCUGGGCGUGCCCCUCAUCCGCAGCGGGCUCUUCCACUCCCACCUGGAGAACCUGCAGCAGGUGCCCGCCUCCGAGCUCCACGAGCAGGUGACCCUCAGCUACGGCAUGUUUGAGAGUAAGCGGAAUGCCAUCCACGUGAAGGGGCCCUUCUCAGUGGAGGCUGACCCAUCCAGGUUUCGCUCCAUCCACUGCCACCUGUACCCGGACACACCGUGGUGUCCCCACACUGCCGUCUUCUAGCAGCCGUGGUUGAGACCCGUCCUCGGGCGCCCCUGGUAUCCAAAGGGCCCGGGGACCCGUGUUGUGUCACCCUGGCCUUGGCAUUCAAGGCUCCCCCAGGGCUGUGCCUGCAUGUGUGUGCACCACGUGCCCGUCGUGGAGUGGGCUGCUGGGCAGUUCUGCUCUGCCAAGGAGCAGGCAAAAGUGCCACUUGUCUGCCCCGUGGGGCCACGGUCUCCACAGUCCCCUCCCAGAAGGAUGGGCAUCAGAGGUCACUCCGAGGGCACUUUUAUUUCGGGGUCUUUCGGCAGCAUGGGGCACAGGGGCUGCGCAGCAGGGAUACGCAGGUGCCUUCCCCUUCCUGUCAGGUGUAGGCUCCGUGCCGAGGGCACCUGCCCCCCCCCCGAGAUCCUGGCCCCUGCCUCCGUGCCCCCCGCACAGCUGAGCCAUGCUCACUGCAAGGAAGCUGGGUUUGGGAGGAGUGGCCCGAGUGCCCUCCGGCCCCCCAGGAAGGCCCUAGCAGCCGUGGGGCUAGGGGCCUAGGGGCUCCCCUCCCGCCUAUUCCGGGUGGGGAGUCUUUCCAGCCCUCAUGUCUCUUUGUCUCCCCAUUGGGGAGACAGAGCUGAGCCUUUUAUCUCCUCUCCGAAGUGGAGAGAAAGUCGCCCAUAGUGGGCGUGCCUGUAAAUAUCUGUGACAGUAUUUUUUACUGUGCUGGUUUUUCAUAUGGGGGUGGGUAACAGGGUGUUUUUGUCUUUGUUUUUCAGGGGGUGGGGUGGGUGUUAUUUUAUCUUUUCUGUGGAUCAGAAAAAGCAGAAGCCAAACUUGAGAUAAUCAUUGUUCCAACUGAUGGGAACGUCUACCACUGCGUGUAUUUAUAUGUCCCGGCCUCCGCCAGUCUGUGCCCCCCCCCCCGCCCCGCACAGUACCUGUCUCCCGCAGGCCCAGCUUGGCCCACCGGCCGUGGGGUGGUUUUGUCUUCUCUUUUUCUUCCUGCAAAGACAGAGCUAGGAAAGCAACCGAUAAUGGAAAAGUUCUCAGGGAAUUGAAGUGUGGUUGCUAUGGUGAUGUCCUUUGCUGUGAAUAAAGGUGCUCUUUGGGGCAA